AUGACAAGCGAAGCGAACGCUGGUGCGCCGCCUGCGGUGGCAUUGGCGAGUCCGGAGUCUACGGCGCCAGCGUCGUCAGGUACGAAGGUGGCAGCGGGUGGGGAUGGGUGGUCGGGUGUAUCUCGACCGGCGGCGAAGGAUUUGCGAGUGAAGACGGAGGAUGUGACCAAGACGAGAGGUACGUCGUUUGAUGACUUCUUUCUGAAUCGCGAGUUGCUGAUGGGAAUUUACGACAUGGGUUUUGAAAAGCCGUCACCGAUCCAAGAAGAGUCAAUCCCGCUGGCGUUGGCUGGCCGGAAUAUCCUGGCGCGUGCUAAGAACGGUACUGGCAAGACGGCUGCGUUUGUGGUGCCGGUACUGGAGCGCAUUUCGAUCCAGAAGCGGAAUAUCCAGGCCUUGAUCCUCGUUCCCACUCGUGAGCUGGCUCUCCAGACCUCCUCCGUGGUCAAGGAGCUGGGAAAACACAUGGGUGUGCAAUGUAUGGUAUCUACCGGUGGCACCAGUCUCCGCGAAGACAUUCUGCGUCUCUACUCUCCCGUUCACGUGCUUGUCGCAACACCCGGCCGCAUCCUAGACCUGGCCGAAAAACACGUUGCAGACCUCAGUGGAUGCGGCGUUGUCAUACUCGACGAAGCAGACAAACUUCUUAGCUACGAACUGCAACCUAUCUGCGAAGACUUACUCUCCUUCCUACCAGAGUAUCGACAGAUAUUACUUUUCUCAGCUACAUUCCCCGUCAACGUGCGUGACUUCAGGGAUAAAUAUUUGCCUGAUGCACAUGAAAUUAAUCUCAUGGAAGAACUCACACUCAAAGGCGUUACCCAAUUCUAUGCAUUCGUAGAGGAAAGACAGAAGGUACAUUGCCUCAAUACUCUCUUCAGCAAACUACAAAUCAACCAAGCCAUCAUCUUCUGCAACAGCGUGGCUCGCGUCGAACUACUAGCCAGAAAGAUUACCCAACUCGGCUACUCCUGCUUCUUCAUACACGCCAGAAUGAUACAAAGUCAUCGAAACCGCGUUUUCCAUGACUUCAGGAAUGGAGCAUGCAGAUGCUUAGUUAGCACUGAUCUCUUUACAAGAGGCAUAGAUAUUCAGUCGGUGAACGUGGUAAUCAACUUUGAUUUCCCGCGCAACAGUGAGACGUAUUUGCAUCGCAUUGGUAGGUCCGGAAGAUUUGGACAUUUGGGGUUGGCAAUUAACAUGAUUACGUAUGAGGAUAGAUUUAAUCUUUAUCGUGUUGAACAAGAACUUGGAACUGAAAUCCAGCCAAUUCCUUCUCACGUGGACACUGCUCUUUACACCUAA